AGAUCACUGACCAAACUUGCUCAGAAAAUCCAAGAGUGAAAAUUUCACCAACAUGGCAAGAGUCUGGAUGCUGCUGCUUUUGAAUAGUCUGUUCAUGUGUUAUAUAUCUGUUGAUAUACAGUUGAUCAAAGUGUACCCCAAGCGAGCCAUCUCUGGUGUAUUUGAAGCAUCCCUCAGAAAUAAAUAUUCCAUGACUGAAUCAGAAGCCAGAGAUAUUUGCGAGCAACUAGGUGUGACUAUUGCAAGCAAAGCACAGGUAGUGGAGGCCUGGAAACAAGGACUGGAAACAUGCAGGUUUGGCUGGAUAGAUGAGCAAGUUGCUGUUGUUCCACGAGUUGAGGUUAAAUCAAACUGUGGCAAUGGCAGAACUGGGGUUGUCGUGUGGCAUGCUGACCUCAGUAGAAAAUUUGAUGUCUUUUGCUUCAAUUCAACAGAUUCCGAGGCCCAAAAUCAGGCUUUCGUGACCACAGACCAGGGGACCACAAGGAAGCCAAUCUCAAUACAUGCAUCUGUUUCUCCCACUCAAACUGGAGUUCACUUCUGGAAAACUUCAUUAUCAAAACCAUCUUCUCCAUCAUCUCCUCACCAAACUUUCUCUUCCUCUGUUUCUCCUGAAAUCUCCUGCAGUCCCUCCCUAAACCAGAUGGAUGAUGAAGGAAAGCAUUUGCCCAUGAGUGGUACCCCAGUCUCAGUAGGUGCUGCUUUACUGAUCACAGUCAUCUUUGCUGUCCUGCUUUCUGUAUUCCUGACACUUUACUAUUUCAAAAUGAACAGACCCCACAGGACUCUCUGUGAUGCAGAGCAGCAGAAAGAGUACAUCGAGACGGAGGUUUGGGAGCACUGUAAUAAGAAAGACCUCCAGAAAUCACAAGAGGAGGACCAUGAGGAGGUAAAGAAGGAGGAGGACAUUGGCAACAACAAUGACAGUUCUGCAGACUAGGACUGAAACUAACACUUGACACCUUACUGCCUGUACCCUGUGCAGCUUAUCGGGACAUAAUUGCACAUAUGAUGGUUAAGAGUGAAAAAGGAUGUUGCUCGUUCUUUAACAAAGUACAAAAUGGAACAAAUGUGUUUAUUUAUAUGUAAGCUGGAUAAUGAUUAAGAUUUUCUUUUUAAUUUUUAUUACUAUACAUGUUUUGCUAGUUUUUUGGACCUCUAAUUUAAACAUUGUUGUUCUUUUAAAAAUGAUAAAAACAGGGUACCCGCAGGUCCUUAAAAAGUCUUAAGAAGACUUAAAUUUUGUAAAUGGUAUAAUAAAAGUAAUUAAUUAUCAUAAGAGGUCUUAAAUGUGGGGAUGGAAAGACAAAAAUCAUGAUAUGAAGCAAAACUUCUAAAAGAUAUGAUUUAAUUUAAUAAAUGCAUUCACUGGAUCCUUCAAAGUAAAAACACGGCAAUGUUGCACAUUCUUCAAGCUUGUGGGAGGCUCAUGAGUGUUUCCAGUGGUUGCAGUAAGUUUGGGACAUUUAUGACAAGGGAUCGCUGAUGAUUUACUGUUGAUGAAAUAUGACAAUGUUGAUAUUGUAAUACAUUGUAGAUGAUUGUAAAAGUGCAUAUUUAUUUUAUUUCACUUGUUUGAUUGUGCAGU